AGGUUGCUGCAGCCGAAAAGGAGCCAAAAUGGAGCAGAUGCACGUCGGGAUAUGCCGACCGUAGAGAGCGUCACGUGAGUUUUGUUUACAUCCGCCUGAAGUUCCCCCUGCACGUGUAGGGCUAGCGUGCGCCCCUGGCGAUGGCUGCCACGGCCUCCAUUAGACCCUUCAGCCCAGAGGAGGCCCGAGAGAUUCUGGAUCAUUUGCAGCAUCCUGCAGUUUUCCUGAACAUGGCCCGUGGUUGGCCUGUUAUGCGCUGGACCGCAGAGCAUCUGUCAGGCUGCCUCGGAGGCCGGCUCAUCCGCUUCAGACUUGGUAGAAAAGAGGCAACAAACGCGCCUCUGUUUGAGACUCAGUGUUCUUACAUCGAGGCCACAGUGGCUCAGUUUCUGCGCUGGAGUCGGCGUCAGACCGAUGUGGGGCCUUUCGCUCAAUACCCACACACCGAGUACUGGGCUUACGCCGACUACAAGUACAUCACCGUGCUGUUUGACGACAAACCUUCCAUGUUUGAGGACGUAAAGUGGUCUGAGUUUGGCUUUGAGGGACGUAACGGGGAGGAGAGCACUCUCUGGAUCAGCACAGAGGGGGCCAACACGCCGUGCCAUCUGGACACCUACGGCUGUAACCUGGUGCUGCAGGUUCAAGGACGGAAACGCUGGCAUCUGUUCCCUCCCGAGGACACGGCAAAGCUCUACCCGACCAGGAUCCCCUAUGAGGAGUCCAGCGUCUUCAGCCAGGUGGACGUUCUCCAUCCGGACCGGAGUAAAUUCCCCGGCUUUCAGGGAGCCAGGGCCCACGUCGUGACUCUGGAGCCCGGGCAGGUGCUGUAUGUCCCCAGGCACUGGUGGCACUAUGUGGAGUCAAUAGAUGCCAUCACCGUCAGCGUCAACUCCUGGAUCGAGCUGGAAGUGGACGACGCAGCUAGAGUCAGCGAAGCCGUCACCAAAACGGUUGUCUGCGCAAUGAAAAGUGCUCAAAGUGAAGACAACACCGACACCUGGCUGAACCCCACGGAGGAAGAAAAGCCCUCCCACAGCAAAAACAUGCAGUAUCUUAACCUGGCGGUAAUGGCGUCUGCUCAAAGAAAGGGGGACAGGAAAGCAAGCCAGGACCCGAGGGACACUCAGCCAGUAAAACGGGACUCCUGUGGACAAAUAAAGCAGCGGGGGGACGGGGUCAAGGUUCCUGACGCCUUCAGCGUUCCCUUUGGGCAGCAUCUCCUCCCUGUGAGGUGUCAGGAAGAGGAACCAAGGAAAGCCAUCUCCUCUCAGGACUGUUCCGGUAGGGCUGGGGGAAAACACACACACGGUGCUGAUUUAACUCGAUACAGCUCAUGUGACUGUGUAACGGCGGACCACGGGACAUCAGAGCAGCAGGCAGAGCCUAAUCAAAGAUCCGGACCCUCACUGAUUACCACUAACGACCUGUUGGACUGUCUGGUCCAUCCUGACAUCAUCAGCCGUGUUACAGAGCUGCUCCUGGAAAGGCACAGAGGAGGCCACCUUUAUUCUCCACCUGCCGUAGACUGAACCCCCUCCAUGUGAAACCUGGACGUCUGGCAGCAAAGCGUUCUCUGACACCUUUUAUUUGUUCUCGCCUUGCGUCAUCCUCCCGUUGCUGCCUUCAAACAGGAGAAAACCCAAUUAUGCUGAGAGUCAUGCCGGCUCUGACAUUUCCUCCCUGUGUCAUCCAGAACCUGUUAAUCUAGUUUAGUUCCUCCAGCAGAGGAAAAGCUGACCGCCUUGAUCAAGUUAGUAUGUUAAUGCCCCAAAUAUUUCAGAGUUAUAUUCCACUGAUGGAAACGUUUGUUUUUCUCUGGGAUGUUUUCUUGUCAUUUUGUGAUAAACAUUGUCUGAACUUCU